AUGAAAAAACAUUAUCAUAAGAACACAAAAAACAUAACUACAUGCUGCACGAAUAAUAAGCUAGAAUGCAUAGAAAGUAAGACUUCAAAUGUGAUGCCUUUUUUAAGAAAGUAUAAGUCUAAAAAAAAAAACAGUUUUCUUUUAAAUAAAAUAUUCAUACUUUCUGCAUUGAUGUUGACAAAUCCAUUAUUCAGCAAGGAUUUUUUGGAAAAAUGUGACAAUACGAUAAAAUAUAAUAAUGGUAAUAAUAUGCAUGGUUCAAUGACCAAUAGAUCAUUAUAUGAAGACACACCAUACAAUACAUUUAAAGAUGAUAUAACAAAAGAUGACAUAAUAAAUGAAAAUGUAUUAAGUGAUGAAUUAAUUGAUACUAAUUUAAUUAAUAAUGGCCUACUAAAUGAAAACUUAAAAAGAAAUUUAACUGAUACUUCUAUUGAGGACGCUAAUAGUGAAAAAGAGAAAAUUAAAUCAAUUUUAUAUUCCUAUAUGGACAAAAUUGAUUCAAUGAAUGAAAAUAAAUUAUACUAUAAACUAUUUAGGAAAUGUAGAGAAGAAGAAAAUGAUGAAAACCCUAUGAGGUUUUUUUAG